AUGACGUCAAACGCAAAGUACGGUGUUCCCGACACUAAGACGAAGGAUGGCCUUUGGUUUGGAAAGGAGCUCCGAGACGAGGCGUUUCUCUUCGACAGAGGAUUCCUGAACUUGAAUCAUGGCUCCUUUGGCACAUACCCGCGUACUGUACAGGACAGGUUCCGCGCCUUCCAAGAUGCUUCUGAGGCCCGACCCGACCAAUUCAUCGUCUACGACUAUCCUCGGUAUCUAGAUGAAGCACGAGAAGCCAUGGGCAAGCUUCUCAACACACCCUCUUCCACUCUAGUCUUUGUUCCCAACGCUACGACAGGUGUAAACACCGUUUUGCGUAAUUUGACUUUUACCCCAGGCGACCACAUUCUCAUGUUCAGUACCAUUUACGGGGCUUGUGAGAAGACAGUGGCUUACAUCACUGAGAAUACGCCCGCCCAGUCUGUCAAGGUGGAGUACACCUUUCCCGUCGAGGACGACUGGCUCGUUGCGGAAUACGAAAAGAAAGUUAAAGAGGUUGAAGCUAAGGGUGGAAAAGUCAAGAUAGCAAUCUUCGAUACUGUAGUCAGCAUGCCUGGUGUGCGUCUACCAUUCGAACGCUUAACAGCCAAGAGUAAAGAGCUGGGUGUAUUGAGUUGCAUCGAUGGAGCGCACGGUGUCGGACAUGUUGAGAUUGAUCUGGGUGCCCUGGAUCCUGAUUUUUUCGUGAGCAACUGCCACAAAUGGCUUCAUGUCCCCCGUGGCUGCGCAAUCUUCCACGUCGCACACAGGAACCAAGCCAUGAUCCGCAGCACUCUGCCCACUUCUCACGGCUUCUUGCCUAAGGGCGCACAAUUCGUCUCGCCGUUCCCCAAACCCUCGUUUACCAAGCCAGGCGCAGAGCAAAACACAUCUGAGCAAUCCGCAUCUGUGAAACUUGAAAAGCCGGCCUUCAUUGCAAACUUCGAGUACGUAGGGACCAUUGAUUCGAGUCCAUACCUGUGCAUCCCCAAGGCGUUGGAAUGGCGAGAAACCAUCGGCGGCGAGGCUAUGAUCCGCAAAUACUGUCAUACACUUGCGCAGGCGGCUGGAAAGCACGUAGCGUCUGUUCUUGGAACGGAAGUGCUCGAGAACAGCACGGGUACCAUGGGCCAGUGCUGCUUGUCCAACGUCCGGCUACCUAUCUCGCUGGACAAAGUAUUCCAUACCGCGGCGAAUAGUGGUAUCGACAAGGAUGACGUGGGUAUCAAGGUGAGGGAUUGGAUGAAGAAGCUGAGUAGCGAAGAGUACGACACAUUCAUCAUGGUGUACUGGUAUGCGGGAUCUUGGUGGUCACGACUGAGCGCGCAGGUGUACCUCGAGAUGCAGGACUUUGAGUGGGCAGCCAAGACGCUCAAGGAGAUGUGUGAGAGGGUUGAGAAGGGGGAGUGGGUAGAAAUCAAGGGCAAUUUGUAG